CCCUCUCGCCAUGGCCGCGUUGUCGGGUGCUACCUCCGGGGAUCUCGCCGUUCGAAUUCUCCACGCCCUCGACAAAUCGUCACCCCUCCUCUCCGCAGAAGCCUUCCCAGAUGCCACCUUCGCCCAAUUGAAAUCAGCCGUCGACAGGCUGGCGUCGCGCGACAUGGUCCGAUAUGACCCAAUAGAGCGAGACGAAGCCAUACUAGAACCCGAGGCUGAAGAAAUAGUAGCCAAUGGCAGUCAUGAGGCACGCGUGUUCGAGGCGUUGCGGCAGGCUGUCGAGGGCCUCACGGUGCAAGAGCUGGAGAAGGCCAUUGGGGAUAAGAACGUCACCAAAGUUGGACAGGGCAAAGCUUUCAAAGAGAAGUGGAUAUCGAAGACGUCGGACGGAAAGUUGAAGGCACAGCGGCACUCAAUCGAGGAUGUCACGCAGCGGGUUCUGCAGGAUAUUCAGAAAACACGGACAUGCUCGGACUCCAAGACGCUGGCUGAUUUGAAGAAGCGAAAGCUCGUUCGGAUGCAGAGGAUCAUCACUUUCAAAAUCCAGAAGGGCGAGAAAUUCGCGCUCGAGAUACCCGAGGAAGCGACCGACCUCACCGCAGACAUGCUCGCGUCCGGAGCGUGGAGAACGACCACUUUCAAACCGUACAACUUCCGAGCGCUGGGUGCGGACCAGCAGUCGGGCGCGCUACAUCCCCUCAACAAGGUCCGCGCAGAGUUCAGGCAAAUCUUCUUCGACAUGGGCUUCACGGAGAUGCCGACGGGCAAGUACGUGGAAACCGGUUUCUGGAAUUUUGACGCUCUUUUUGUACCACAGCAGCACCCGGCACGCGACCUUCAGGAUACUUUCUACAUCUCAGAUCCGAAGGUCGCCGAUCCGCCGCAGGACAAGGCCUACUGGGAAAACAUCAAGGCGGUGCAUGAGAACGGCAAAUACGGUUCCAUAGGCUACCGAUACCCGUGGUCAAGCGACGAGAGUCUAAGAUUAGUGUUGCGGACGCAUACGACGUCCGUCAGUGCGAAUCUGAUGUACAAGCUUGCCUCUAUGAAGGGACCCGAUGGUCGCCCGCCACCAGCACGACUCUUUUCAAUUGAUAGGGUGUUCAGAAACGAGACUGUCGACGCUACGCAUCUUGCCGAGUUCCAUCAGGUUGAGGGUGUUAUCGCUGAUUACGGCCUGACGUUGGGCGGGCUCAUGGAGUUCAUGGAAACCUUCUUCGGCAAGAUGGGCAUCACGGAUCUCAAGUUCAAGCCGGCGUAUAACCCAUACACCGAACCCAGCAUGGAGAUUUUCUCAUAUCACAAGGGCCUUGGCAAGCUCGUCGAAAUCGGCAACAGCGGCAUGUUCAGACCCGAGGUCCUAGAGCCCAUGGGCCUGCCCAAGGACUUGCGCGUUUAUGGGUGGGGUCUCUCGCUCGAGCGCCCGACGAUGAUCAAGUACGGCAUCUCAAAUAUCCGCGAGUUGCUCGGGCACAAGGUCGAUUUGCAAUUUGUGCGGAUCAAUCCCGCUGUACGGCUAGACAAGCCUUAGGAGAGCUGGGCGAGAUAGGGCAACGUAAGCUCCAUGCAUGUGGAUAUCGUCCGUUUGCGAACGCAUUUGACAGAUACCAAGCCGCGAUAGAUGAACAGACAAAAGGAUUUAGCAGUGAUUACUAAAAUUCCACCGACAUUCACAUCGAUAUGGUUCCAUUGCAC